AUGGGUGAGCGAGCCCUCUACCGAGCCGAGCCAUGCUCUGGCACCAUCCCCAGGAAAUGCCAGGAGCUAGGAGACUCAAUUCUUUUGCUCCUGAUCAGAUUCAUCUUCCUCAACUUGGGGAUGAACGUGGUGACUAUGCUCUGGAGGCAUCUGAAGAGUUACUUGCGGGUACUUUUCUAUCGUAUUUUCCCCAAAGACAAGCAAGCCAGCUGUGUAGGCAGCCAUCGCAUGUGCAUGCACUGCUCCGUGGAUCCCAAGAACCUGUGCUCAAGAGUUUCUUCCCGCUUCCGCCAUCGCCCAAGCUUCCUGCUCGGGCACCCAAACCACCACCCAAACUCCUGGAUACCAGACACAAAUGACGAGAAUGCUUCUAAGUGCUGCUGGAUGCCGCCUCAGUGUGGAUGGGCUGGGGCUUCCACGGAGGCUCCACGGGGACUGUGGAUGGAGCGGGUAGUGGGAGCUGGGGAGGCCCCUCCGGUCACAGCCUUAAAGUCCCAAGCCACCUUGUACUCCAGGCAGGAGACAUCUUCCAAGCUCCGAAGGAUGAGCAAGGUGGACGUGGUUCCACUCCGCCUGCCCCAAGACAGCAAGACUAAGACACCAGACUCUGACCCAGCCCAGGUCCCAGUCCGGGCCCAGACCCGCCCCCCAGUUCAGCCCCCUGCGCAUGCUCCUGCCAAGGCCCAGACCUUCUCCUCAGCCCACCCCCCUGAGCACACCCGCCCCCCACCCAGGCCGAGACCUGCUCCCGAGGCCACGCCCAUGACACACCACCCCUCAGCCCAGACCCCCUCCCCAGCCCUCAGCCCUGAGCACAGCCCUGCCCAGGUCCAUGGCCCUGAGCAUACCUCAGCCCAUACCCCAGCCCAGGCCCAAGACCAGGACACCUCACAUGCCUCAGCCCAGUCCCUGGGCCAAACUUCUGUCUGCACCCUGACCCAUGCUCAUCUGACCUAUAUCCAUGCCAACACUCUGGUCCCUCUCCCAACUUCUGUCCCUGCUACUACUCCUGCCCUAGCCCCUACACCAGCCCCUGUCCCGAUCUCUGCCACAACCUCUGUCCCAGGGCUGGGCAUGGCCCUGACAAACACUCAAGUCCCGUCCACCACCCCUACGCCCAUCCUAGGUUCUAUUCCCUCUACCUUGUCUGCCUUUAGCCAAGGCCUCUCCUCCGGCCAUGUGGUCUACCAUGACCUCAGGGUAAAGCAGAACUUAUUCCAUGUGUGUCUGCCUCAGAACUCUGGGUAUUCCAGAAAGAACUUGGGUACUCCCUCCAGGCCCCAAGGGGGGCAUGGUCUGGUGAGCUCUGGUACAGCAGAGCAAACACUGAAGCAAUGUAGUAGGGACAGUGCCAAGUCCUCCACAGGAUCCAUACUGGGUUACCUGGAGUUGGGGAAUAUGGAAGGGAAGAUCUCAAAUGAUGCCAAAGACAAAUUUGUACAGUCCAAGACCUUCCCUUACUGCAGCUUCCAUCCUAGCAGUUCUGAGAAGAGAAACACAGACCCCCAGACUCCAGUCUACCCCACAUUCCUGGUGCACUCCAAGGAUGCUGCACCUUCUCAACCUUGCUUCCAUUCUCCAACCAGUGCCCAGAGCUCACCAUGCACCAUGCCUCCACCAUGCACUCUUUCUCUGCCUCUUGUUUCUCCCAGAUCCUUUGUCCUUCAACACAGCAACCACCAGAAGCCCUCCACCUUAAUACAACCCCCCACCUUCCCCCCAACCUCCAAGUCUCCUCAGUCUGUCCUCUCUUCCCAGGGCCCCAUCCCUCCCCAGUUAUCCACUACUUCCCAAACCCCAAACCAGCCCCAACCCCCUGAACUUCAUGAGAGUCUAGGCCUCAACCAAGGCUCUGUCCCCCAAAGGACCCCCGGCCCUUCAAAAGACUGUAGAGUUUUCAGAAACCCAGGCCUUAUCCAAGACCCAGGCCUCCAUAAGAACCCAGGCCUUACCCGAGACCCAGGUCUCCCCAAGAACCCAGGCCUUGCUCAAGAUCCAGGCCUCCACAAGCUUCCAGGCCUUACCCAAGACCCUUACCUCUGCAAGAAUCCAAGCCUUUCCCACGACUCUGAUCUUCAGAAGAAUCCAGUCAUUACCCAAGAUUCUGGCUCCCAGAAGAGCUUAGGUUCUACUCGAGAUAGACGUUUCUUUAUACACCCAUAUCUCACCCAGCCCUCUGGUCUCCACAAGAACACACCAUUUCUCCAAACUUCUGACAUUCAGAGGAGCUCAGGCUUUAUGCAUGAUUCUGGAGUCUCUAGGAAUCUGGAACGAAAGCAAGAGACUGUACUGUAUAAAAGUCAAGAGCUCUCCCAAAAAACUGGCUUCCAUAAUAGCCCACACCCUUCUCAAGAUUCUGGAUGUGACAAGAGUACAGGUAAUGCCCAAGAUGCAGGAGUCUCUAGGAGUCCAGACUUUACCCAAGAUUCUGGGCCAGAGAAUCAUCCAUACCUUGCCCAAGACUCUGGAGCCAACAAGAGCUCAGGCCUUUGCCAGGAAUCGAAGAUCCCAGGCCUUGUGCAAACCCCUUGCCUCCAUAAGGGCUCAAGCCUUACCCGAGACUCAGGAGACUACAAGAAUCCAGGUCUUACCCAAGAUUCUGGAGUCUGCAGGAGCCAAGGCCUUACUCAAGAUUCUGACCUCCGUAAGUAUCCAGGCUUUACCCAAGCCACUGAAGUCAAAAGGAGAUGUGGCCUUACCCAAGAUGCUGGAAAUUACAGGAGCUCAGAACAUACCCAUGACCCUAACUUCCACAAGUACUCGGGAAUUAAUCGCGAUGCUGGCCCCCAUAAGGGUCCAGCCCUUACUCAAGACUCUGGCUUAUUCAAGAGAUCAGGCCUCCAUAACAACUCAUGCCUUAUCCCAAACCCUGGCCUCCAUAAGACAUCUGGAACUGACUCUGUCCAAGUUUUGGGCCCACAUCAGACCCGAAAGUCAUUUAUAUCUGACGCAGUUCCUCGAAAGGAGGAUGCUGGGCAGCACAUACCAUGGACUUCUGUCCCACCCAGUCAGAACUCCUGCUCUCCCAGGGCUCAGGUGGCCUACAAUGACCUGCAAAUCUUCUCAGAAGUACCUGUACUGAUUGAGCUCCAAUCACCCUCCCGGCGAGCAGGCAGCCAAGACUGGGUGUACUCAGUUCCUCCAGCCUGCCAGAACUAUCGCCAGAUGUCUACGCCUCCCAAAACCAGCUGGAAGCCCUACUGUCCUGGGUCAGGCACCCGGCUAGGGCAUGUGGUCUUUGGCGCCCGCCAGCGACAGUUCAGAGCAUGCAGGGACAAGUGCGAAGCUGUGUCUCCCAGGCGCCUUCACUGAGAGACAUCCAACAACUCACAGAGACCAUCAAGGAGUGGGGGUAUCAGUGUGUGAUGAGCAACUUAGAAAAAGAGGGACAGAUAUGCAUGAGGAGUAAAGAGACAAGAGAAGUGUUCUGUGGUUGCUUGAGGACAUCCACCCCAGCCCAAUUCCACAGGACCUGAUGAGGACCUAAAGUCA